AUGCAAGAAAUCGACCCCGAGCUACUGAAAGAAGUCAUCAACGCGUCAGGGCCCUUUGCAUCUGUCGGGUAUCGGGGUGGAUCUGUUGCAGUCGACAGCCGAGAGGGCUGCCUGCAAGAGGCUGGGGAACUAGUCAAGGCUGAGAUCUCUACCGACAACAUGCUUGAAAUUGGCCAGUUGUUCCAGACCAAGAACACCGAGAACCCUAAUGACUUAACCAAGUGGCUUGAAAGUGGAUUUGUUAUUUACAAGAGUGUCGGUACUGGUGUGAUGGACCUAUCCAUUGGUCAAGAGCUCCUCCGCCUGGCCAAGGUGAAGAAUGUUGGCUUGACUGCUGAGGACUUCUGA